AGAACCUUUCCUGCUUGCUUUCUCUCCUCCCCAUAGCACUAGCACUAGUGCUUCUUCCCAUUGGUUACAAACACUCUUUGACAAGCCAUGAAUGACCAUAAAUUCAUCCAUAAAUCACACCCUUCUCCGACACCAUUCAUCCUUUUCCCUACAUAUCUCACCACCUUCUAACUAAAACCUUACUCCAAACCAUACUGUAGGUACUCCUUGAGAAGAAGAAGAAGACCAAGAAGAAGAAGAUGAUAACUGUUUUAGACUUGUACCAUGUUCUCACAGCAGUUGUGCCACUAUACGUGGCCAUGGGACUUGCCUAUGCAUCAGUGAAAUGGUGGCAGAUUUUCACACCGGACCAGUGCUCCGGUAUCAACCGGUUUGUUGCACUCUUUGCUGUUCCACUCCUCUCCUUCCACUUCAUCUCUACCAAUGACCCUUACUCCAUGAACUUCCACUUCAUAGCUGCUGACACUCUUCAGAAACUCAUACUUCUCACCGUUCUCUCUAUCUGGGCCAAAACAAGCUCCAAAGGCUCUUUAGAAUGGACUAUCACUCUCUUCUCCCUCUCAACUCUCCCCAACACUCUGGUCAUGGGUAUUCCUCUUUUGAAAGGCAUGUAUGGUGCUUUCUCUGGUAGUUUAAUGGUCCAAAUAGUUGUACUCCAAUGCAUCAUUUGGUAUACUCUUUUGCUCUUCUUGUUUGAGUACCGUGGAGCUCGGCUUCUCAUUAGUGAGCAGUUCCCGGACAACGCUGCGUCCAUUGUUUCCUUCAAAGUUGAUUCUGAUAUAGCAUCGUUGGACGGGCGAGAACCACUCCAGGCCGAGGCUGAGGUCGGAGAAGAUGGCAAACUCCAUGUGAUUGUUCGCAAGUCAGCGAGCUCGAGGUCGGAGAUUUUCUCUCGCAAGUCUCUGACUCCACGCGCGUCAAACUUAACCAAUGUGGAGAUUUAUUCGUUGCAAUCUUCUAGAAAUCCAACUCCAAGAGAGUCUAGCUUUAAUCACAAUGACUUCUUCUCUUUAGUUAGUAAUGAUGAGGAGAGUGGAGGCCAUGGUGGUACAAAGCUUAAUGGUUUGUUGUCUCCAAUGGUGGGGAAGAAGAAGGUGAAUGGUAGUGAUGGUGCUACUAAGGACUUGCAUAUGUUUGUUUGGAGCUCUAGUGCUUCACCUGUGUCAGAGAAUACUACAGCAGGAGUGCGUGAUGUUUGCAAUGAGUUUAGCUUCAGGAAUCAGGAGAGGGAUGGUGGGCAUGGGGAGAAACAGGGGUCUGAUACCAUGGCUGAGCAUAAUGUGAAAGAUGGUGUGAAGGAUGUUAAGGCUGUGGCAAUGCCGGCUGCAAGUGUCAUGACCAGGCUCAUUCUUAUUAUGGUUUGGAGGAAGCUUAUUAGGAAUCCAAACACUUAUUCUAGUCUUAUUGGUCUUAUUUGGUCUUUGGUCUCCUUCAGGUGGGGGACUGAAAUGCCUGCAAUAAUAGCUCGUUCUAUAUCCAUACUAUCUGAUGCUGGGCUUGGAAUGGCUAUGUUUAGUCUUGGGUUAUUCAUGGCAUUGCAACCCAAGAUGAUUGCUUGUGGCAACUCUGUUGCAGCCUUUUCAAUGGCUGUGAGAUUUAUAGUUGGUCCUGUUGUGAUGGCUGUGGCUUCUUAUGUUGUUGGAUUGCGAGGUGUGCUUCUCCAUGUUGCCAUUGUUCAGGCGGCUCUGCCUCAAGGAAUUGUUCCAUUUGUGUUUGCUAAGGAAUACAAUGUGCAUCCAAAGAUUUUAAGCACAGGAGUUAUUUUUGGCAUGCUGAUAGCACUCCCUAUCACACUAGUCUACUACAUCUUACUCGGCCUUUGAAGCAGCAUCAAUAGGGUCAAGUGGCUAACGACCAAAACAAUAGAGGAGACAUGAUUUUGUGGUUCUUUUGAUAAGCCUUGUGAUCUUGUUUGGAAACUCUCUUAACAUAAAUCAGCAAAUUUUGUUUAUUA